GAUCCUCUCGGCAUUUUGGCACUCCGCCUCUUUUUUCAUGAACUUGAAGCCCUGUGGACAGAAGACAACAAGGCGCAGAUGGACGUCCGUGAGCAGCGGAACGCGCAACGAACCUGGGGGAUGAUGCAGCUUGCGUUGAGCCCAGGCUGA